AAAGUCGAAAGGACGCCGUUCGAAAAAACUCCCUCUUUCGGGAAAUCAGUACGUGAGCGCCAUCCAGAUUUUAAACCCUCGAGCGAGUUCGCGAACGGAGUGAGAAAUGGCGCCCGAUCAUCACCGCCACCACCAGGUCCACCACCACGCAUCGGCCGAUCAGCUGGUGAAUCUCUUCCGCAAAUCCGACCACGACCUCACCGUGAUCCAUCACCGGCUCGAGAGGGAGUUCCGUCAGAUUUAUCCCGACGACGCGAAUCCGUUGAAGCUGGUUUCCAGGAUCAAGAAGGUGCUGGAUGAUGUGUCGUCCUUGAAAGAUCAAUGCCAGGAACUUCUAGUGGCCAAACAGGACUUAAUUGACCAGGCACGGACAACUCUUGUUGGAAAUAGAAGCUUAAUCAGGAAGAUGCAAGCAUCUGUCUCAAUUCCCUUGACGAGUGAUUCUGAAGAUCCCGCAUAUGCCAACUUUAACCAGAUUAUUGAUGAGUGGACAAAGCAAGUCCAAUCAGCAUCAGGGAGUGAACAGCAUGUAGCAGACACCAAGGACUUAAACAAGUUACUUUUUUCAGCCAUAGUGCAGAGUAGCUGAGACCUAGAGAGCUUCUCUGGAAAGAUUCCCCGUCUUCAUGUGUUGAGAAGCUUUCGAGGAACUGUGUAAUGUGUAUUGAGGUCUCUUUGGAACACUACCAUUCGAUUGUACAAAGGGCUUUGGAACACUACUCAUGCAGACCUCUCUGUCUCUGUUUCUCUAAUUUCGGUCAAUUCUAACCAAGUUGAUUCUACUCUUUACUUGCAAUUUUGAUGGAGAUUCCAGAAAUGUAUGACUUCGAAAAGGACCUUUUGAGUGGGUUAAAUGGUGAAAAAAUCCAAAAAUGUAUUAUCACA